CUCGUGAUGGGGGCGGUUUGGUUUCGUGCCGUCGGUUUCUCCCGUCUCAGACCUGACACUGGCGGACAGCCGAUGUGUGACUACGGCGCUUAAAAAAAACGGAGGCGAACGGAGAUACAUCAUUUUUAAAGUUAUAAUCUUUACAAUAAAAUGGCAGAUGUUGUGGAUGGAGACGACAUUCGCUCCGCCGCCCCGUCGGUGAUCCACUCGUCCUCUCGCGGCGGCUGUGGCGGCUCCGGUUCCUCCUGUAACGACGCUCCUGUCACCGGCGGCCACGCACCGCCGCUGCCGGCCGCCACCGUCGCCUCGGGCCCGCGGCUCGUCCGCAUCGUCAAGUCGGACUCCGGCUACGGCUUCAACGUUCGCGGGCAAGUGAGCGAAGGCGGGCAGCUGCGCAGCAUCAACGGGGAGCUGUACGCGCCGCUGCAGCACGUCAGCGCCGUGCUGCCGGGCGGCGCGGCGGACAGAGCCGGGAUCUCCAAGGGAGACAGGAUCCUGGAAGUGAAUGGAGUGAAUGUGGAGGGGGCCACUCAUAAGCAGGUGGUGGAUCUGAUCCGAGCGGGGGAAAGGGAGCUGGUACUGGCCGUCCUGUCGGUGCCUCAGCUGGAGACAGAUAGUCUUGACCCCGGAGAUGACGGCUCUGCCCAGUCCUGCUACGACUACAGCGACAAACAGGCCGUGCCCAUCUCUGUGCCCACCUACAAACAUGUGGAGCAGAAUGGCGAGAAAUUUGUGGUGUAUAAUGUGUACAUGGCUGGCAGGCAGCUGUGCUCUAAGCGCUAUCGAGAGUUUGCCAUCCUGCAUCAAAACCUGAAAAGAGAGUUUGCCACCUUUACGUUCCCCAAGCUGCCAGGAAAAUGGCCCUUCUCACUGUCUGAACAGCAGCUGGACGCUCGCAGGAGAGGCCUGGAGGAAUACUUGGAGAGAGUUUGUUCAGUGCGAGUGAUUGGGGAGAGUGACAUCAUGCAGGAAUUUUUGUCUGAAUCAGAUGAGAACUAUAAUGGAGUCUCUGAUGUGGAAUUGAGGAUAGCCAUGCCAGACAAAACCACAGUAACCGUCCGAGUGCGGAAGAAUUGCACUACGGACCAGGUCUAUCAGGCUGUGGUGCUGAAGGUCGGGAUGGACAGUAUCACUGCCAGUUACUUUGCUCUCUUUGAAGUCAUUAACCACUCCUUUGUGCGAAAGCUGGCUCCGAAUGAGUUCCCUCAUAAGCUGUAUGUGCAGAAUUACACAUCGGCCGUCCCAGGAACCUGCCUAACACUCCGCAAAUGGCUCUUCACCACCGAGGAGGAGAUACUGCUCAACGACAACGAACUGGCCAUCAACUACUGCUUCCACCAGGCUCUGGACGAUGUGAAGAAGGGAUUUAUUAAAGCAGAAGAAAAAUCAUACCAGCUCCAGAAACUGGCUGAACAGAGGAAGAUUUCCAUGUAUCUGAGCAUGGUGAGGUCGUGCGAGGGCUAUAAUGAGAUCAUCUUUCCGCACUGCGCUUGCGACUCCCGCCGCAAAGGCCACGUUGUCACGGCGAUAAGCAUCCACCACUUCAAGCUGCAUGCCUGCACCGAAGAGGGCACUCUAGAGAAUCAAGUGAUUGCAUUCGAGUGGGGAGAAAUGCAGAGGUGGGACACUGACGAGGAGGGCAUGGCUUUCUGUUUCGAGUACGCACGAGGCGAGAAGAAACCACGCUGGGUCAAAAUCUUUACUCCAUAUUUUAACUACAUGCACGAAUGCUUCGAGAGGGUCUUCUGUGAGCUCAAAUGGAGAAAAGAGGUUGAAGAGGAGGCAACGGAUAAAGACAAUAAGAACUGUAGUAAAGAUGGUAUGUGUAGUAAGAAUAUCUUCCAGCUGUUGAGACACAGAAGGGAUGGAGGCACCUGAGACAUGAACUCAUCGCCCCCUGAAAAUACGCAAUCACAUACGUACACAAGCACAUACACUCACAUACAUAUGCACACCUGAACAGGCUCAAAAGAAGACCGGAUCAAACCACAUCACGUACGGGUUGACGCUUCCAAGACAGUCUACCCACUAACACACAGCACAUAUUCAAAAGACAACCAAAAAAAAAACAGGAAACAAAAAGAAACAUU